AUGUAUCAUAACGUAAGGUUAUUGAGAUUAUCCAUAUAAUUCCUGUAUAUUUGAAUUAAGACCUUAAUGACAGUGGUGAUGACAGUGCGAUGAUUAGGAUAAAAUUAAAAACAGUGUUCAAGUUCGUGUCGGCUGCAGUGUUCGGCUUGUUUCUCUUGAAGACGAGGGAUCAGGAAGAUGGUUCGGAUAAUUAUUUAUAUGACUCGGCGCCAGUGCCCCGUGCGUGUAUCAUUGGUGCGGGCUACUCAGGUUUGGGAACUGCUCGUUACAUGAAAGAAUAUGGCCUCAACUUCACAGUCUUCGAAGCUUCUAGACAUAUAGGAGGCACGUGGAGAUUCGACCCUCAUGUUGGAGUUGAUGAAGAUGGAUUGCCUCUCUUUACCAGCAUGUACAAAAACUUGAGAACAAAUACUCCGCGCCAGACGAUGGAGUACUCCGGGUUCCCGUUCCCUGAGGAGACGCCCUCGUAUCCAACGGGACCCUGCUUCUACAAGUACCUGCAGCACUUCGCUAAACAUUUCGGAUUACUGGAUAAUAUACAAUUACAGAGUCUGGUGACACUAGUAAGAUGGGCGAAUGACCAUUGGGAGGUGACGUACACAAAGAUAGACACGAAGGAGAAAGUGACUGAGGUAUGCAACUUCGUGGUGGUCGCCAGCGGAGAGUUCAGCAGCCCCGUCAUACCAGACAUCGAAAGGAUGAACAUGUACAAAGGAAAAAUAAUGCACAGCCAUGAUUACAAAGACUCCGAAGACUUCCGAGGCCGCAGAGUGCUCCUCGUCGGCGCUGGUGCUUCGGGGCUGGACCUUGCGAUACAACUGUCAAAUGUGACUGAGAAGUUGUUCCACAGUCACCAUCUCAACUACAACCAGCCAGAUUUCUCUCCAACCUACGUGAAGAAACCAGACAUCGAUUCCUUUACUCCUACUGGCGCUGUCUUCGUUGACGGUUCCACUGAAGACUUUGAUCAAGUCAUAUUCUGCACAGGUUACAAUUACGCACAUCCAUUCCUCGACCAGAGCUCAGGCGUGACAGCGUCGCAGAAGUUCGUGCUACCUCUGUACAGGCAUACUGUGAACAUCAAACGCCCCAGCAUGGCCUUCGUUGGAGUCUCGAAGAAAGUCAUCAAUAGAGUUAUGGAUGCUCAGGGCCAGUAUGUAGCAGCUCUAGCAGCUGGUAAGUUUGAGCUGCCCCCUCAGGAAGCCAUGCUGAAGAGCUGGCUGAACCACGUGUAUGAGCAGCAGAACAUGGGCAAGCGGAUCGUGGACGUCAAUGUGGUCAGCAAUAUGGAUGAAUAUUUUGGAAACCUGACCGCUGAAGCAGACGUGAUACCAGCACCGACUGUGUUGACAAAAAUUGCUAAAUUCAAUGGAAAGAACCGUUUAGAUGACUUGCUUAACUACAGAGAUUAUGACUACAAGCUCGUUGACUCACAGAACUAUGAAAGGACGUACAUGCCCAGGAAGGAACUCCCAUGUCCCAUCGAAGUAUAAAUUAAGAACAAUAGCGUAAAGAAAUGUGAGAUUAGUUUAAAUUUUAAUAUUGACCAAAAUGAGUACAAGUCUUCACAAGACCUUAAUGCGUUCGCCACAAGGUUGAAUUCGAAAUGAGAUUAUUAAAACGUAAAGCAUGAAUGUUGGGACAUGAAUGGCUUUAUUGACGAAUAAAAAUAUAUCUUGCCUAUAUUGAUUUUAGGUAGAUAUUUUAAACACACUGACUUUUAUUAAUACAGUAUUUUUUGUAAUCUUUUAAUUGAUUGUUACCAAUUAUAACAAUUGUUAUGUAAGGAUUUAUUAUUAAUUUAUAAGUACAAAUAAACUACUU